AUGGUGACGAAGGAAUCUAGGAGAAAUAAUGUGACCCUCCUUGCUGGGAGGAAGGCUUGCGCGGAAUGCUAUCGACUCAAGCUUAAAUGUGACCGUAAGGUUCCCUGCGAAUCAUGCAUCCGUAGAGGUUGUGACUCGCUUUGUCCCAACGGUGUCUUAGUCUCCGUUGGACGUGGAAAACGGUCUGUCAAAUCUGAUGCGCCGAUACUCACCGAGUACAUCUCUCGAAUGAGCGAACGACUACUCCAACUGGAAGCGGCACUUGAAGCACACGGAGCCACUAAGGAAACCAUCGUCGCUCAUCGGCUGGCUGAACAUGACAUCAACCUCCUCUCGCUGCCAGACAAAAUGGGAGCCAUGAGUGUCAAUGCUGAUGGCGAUGCCGUGUACUUUGGCUCCACGGGCGGUCCCGAGGCAUUGCUGGCUCUACGUCGUCCAGCUACUUUCCCUGCUUCGGCCGACUUCCCUCAAAUGGAACCUGCAUCGGAGUUUGGCUGUUUUUCUUCGGCCAAGUUAUCAUAUACUUCCAAGUCUGCAUAUUCCGAUGCCGCUUUACCUCCAACGCUGGAGGACUUGUACAGCUCACUGCCAUGUCAAGAACGCGCACAGACGCUAUGUCAACUUUACUAUCAACACGGUUGCUGGUUUGUCAUGGGGCUGAGGCAAGACGAGGUGGUCGAGCUUUUCGCCGCCAUUUACAGCGACAACCAGGUUAUAACCCAAGAUCACCUCGCGUGCGCGUUUUUCAUUCUGACAAUCGGCGUCCUACUGGAUCUCGAUCUCUCUCCCAAUGACUCCACUGCGGAUUUUUACUUCGAGAUGGCUUGUGAAGCCAUGUCGUUGUCGCACAACUCUGACACCGGCGACAAACCUUUCCAAGUUUCACGUAUACAAGCCCUGUUGCUUCUGGCAAUCGUAUAUUCACACGGCGGGAAACAGUUUUCAACUGAGCGAGCAUGGGCAGUUGUUUCUAUGGCUGAUAGCGGCGCCAAAACGCUUGGCCUGCAUCUGGCUACGACGUAUGCGAAAAUGGAACGACAGAAGGCAUACCGGCUUCAAGCCCUGUACUGGGAUAUAUAUUCGCUGGAGAGCGCGUGUUGUUUAACGCUCGGGAGGCCCCCAACAACCCUAUCAACCGACAUCACAUGCCCCCAACCAGAAGAUAUUCCCGAAGAGGGCCAACCUUUCGUCAAAAUCCAACCCGGCUUUUGUGUCGCGCGAUGGAGACACACUACAGAAGUUGUUGUCCCCAUCCUUGAAGCGUUUCUCCCGGUGAAUGGGAAACCCAGUUACAAGCGCUUAUUCGAAAUCGACCACCAACUCCGCAAGUAUUAUGUCCAUUCCCCAUUUCUUAGCUAUCCUCUCCCAACUCCCACAACUGCAAAAGCCAACACGCGUGGACAAAAUGCCAGCGCUUUCAUGCAGAAAUAUCUGGUACCAAUGUUUUGCAAAAUUACACUGAUGCAUCUGCACAACGCCUACUUCGUCCAAUUGCUGCAAGAUAAGCCUGAUGAUCCAAUCAACCACCCUUUGUUGCCUUCUUUCAUGGCAGCCUACCGUGGCGCCGCAGAGGCAAUAAAAGAAGCGUCGGAUUAUGUGGCCAGUUGUCCGGAACUCUUCAGUCGGUGGUGGAUAGUAUGGAAAGAUCUCUUCACCGCAGCGGUUAUCGUCGGAAACGUUGCCACAAACUAUCCUACCUGUCGCAUGGUUUUCAACGCUAUUGAUGUCCUGUUGAAAGCCGUUGAAUUAUUGGAGUUUGGCGCAUUGUCUUCUCAGCGAGCAAAAGACGGCUUGCCUUUGCUGCGUAGUUUGCGCGAAAAAGCCCUGUCCAUCCAUGCCCAAGUCUCCCAAUCCCCAUCCUCCUAUUUUGUUCCUGGGUCGGGAAAACCAAACUGCACUGUCGAAUUAGAGAUUUUUGCGGGACACACGCGGGUAGUCGCCAACAACGGACUGAUAGACCGCCUGGAGGAAGAAGUAGCAAGUAGACGAGGCAAAAUGGCUGCUCGCGGUCAUCUAGUUGGGGAAGCAGUGGUCGGUUUGUCUUGGCUCUCAACGCCAUCAACAGCUUUGUCGGGUUUGGGGACACUGGAAGAGGCUUCCUAUGAGUCUUUACCGGUCUGA